CGCCUAUGUGGGAGUGAACGAGAGAAAGCAGAGUUUGCAGACAACCCUUGGAUAUGAAGACCCUACUGGAACUGACUGCAUGACCAAGCGUCGCUGAAAUCGUCUGCAGAGAAGCCACAAAGUAACCUGCGCUGUUCAAUUCUUAGAAAUCUUCUUCCUUAUAAAUACACAAUAUCGAUUGACGCAAGCGAUUGAAACUCUCGGACGCUCAUGUUGACGUGAGGGUCAGCUGAAAGGAUAUCCAAAACUUAUUACUGUUCGGUCUUGUUCCAAUGGAUUCCUGAAAGGGGGCGUACCAUAAGCAAGGAGAACCAGACAAUUGCGCGCCGAUCAUGCUACAACAUGGACGCAUUAUACUGUAAAGUUGACUUGCUACUGGAACUCGAAAUGCAUGUGAUAGAAUAAGAAUGGCAUUAUUUAUUUGAUCUGAUUAGAUAUGUGUAUGUUUUAAUCAUUUUGUUCAAGAAAACAGUAUUUCCACUUUAUUUUAUUUGAGGCUAUAUGCCAUUCGGAAAUACUGUUGGAUUUCAUGUAUAUAUAUUUUUUGCAGGGCUGGAACAAGUGUUGCUAUGCAAGUAAUGCGCUGUAGCAAUAUGUUAGAGAUGCAAUUUAUCGUCUGAUACCAUAUCUAAUUUUAGGGGAUAUCUUGUAGGUCGUCUCAACCAACCAUUGGAAAUGUAUUCUGCUUAAACAGCUUGCUGGGUAUUAGGCUAUAGCACCAUGAUGGCAAACGAUAAUCCUUAUAACAGUCGCUUUAUUGUUGAAAAAUACAUACAUCACAAACUGUUGAAGAAGGGAUUUGUAUGGGAAUUUUAUCCAGAAAACGAUUCCCCAAAUAAUGGUUUUGGGGAGCCCUCUCCCCCUAACUCCCCUGAAGUUUUUGCACGGAGGUCCCAACCCUCCGCCGAAGGCGUGGACACUGACUCUCCGCUCCAAAACAGGAUCCCGCAACCGGACCGACAUGCCCGGCUCCAUAGGGUGCUGCGCGAGGCGGGGGACGAGAUUGAAAUAAUGUAUCAGCGGGACUUUGCAGAGAUGUCGGGGCAGUUGCAUUUUACGCCCAGUACGGCACAGAGAAGGUUUACUGCUGUUAUAGAGGAGCUCUUCAGCGACGGUGUAAACUGGGGUCGGAUUGUGGCUUUCUUUGAAUUUGGAGGGACAAUGUGCGUGGAGAGCGUCAACCGGGAGAUGACGUCCCAGGUAGACAACAUUGCCCAUUGGAUGACAGAGUACCUGAACGGACCCCUGCAGAACUGGAUCCAGGAGAAUGGUGACUGGGACGCCUUUGUGGAGAUCUAUGGGCAGCAGAGGAUCUCUGCCUUCCACUCCUGGCCCUACCUAAAGACAGUGUUCGGCCUGGCCGCCCUGGGUGCAGCCGGAGUCACCAUUGGAGCCUUGUUCAUCCAGAAGUGAUAUAAAAGACCCCAGAGGACCUUUCCCCUCCCUCUCGCCUCUCCUACCAGGUUCUUACCCAGUAGCCCAAAAAAGAAAGGCAAACAGCACUUUUUUCCCUUGAAAAACUGGCAACCUAUAACUUUGCUGUGCACGAACUACAAUAUUUCGUCUCUCGUUCCUCGCUUUUUCUUUUCUCUUUGAAAGCACCUCACAGCUCAGCACUGCCCAUCCCGGGCCUGUAGCCCGGUUCAAUCCCAGAGCUGCCGGAUCUUCAAAGGAGACCGCACCGCUCUGUUGCUUGGUUGCUUAUUUCAUAUUCCAUGACCCGUCCUCUUGCGUAUUGAAAAGAUGAAAAAGAAAAAUAAGUAUACAAAUCAAUCACACGGAAUGCAACAUGUUUUUUCUGACAAAUGCAGCCUUGUAUAUUCAUACAGACUUACAGAUGGAUUCACCCAUGCGUACUGUAUACUAGACAGCUACCAACAGGGAAUAUCAUUGGAAAGAUUGCAUACACACUUGAUCAUUUUAUACUAAUGCAUAAACACAUACCAACGGGUAGAUACUGAAUGUUGCAGGCAAACAUAUUCACACAAACUCAUGUGUGUGCUCUAACAAUUAAACAAAUGACUUUUAUGAUGUAUGGUUAAUGAACAUAAGAAAGGUGAUUGUUUAUUCAUAAACUGAAAAACAAGAUUUUCUUUCUUUUUAAUAACUAUUUUCAGCAUGAUUCUGUGGUGUAUGUAGCAUGUAACAUUGACAGAAAAGUAAAACAUUUUUU